GGGAAGAGGUGUCUCUGUGAAGAUGACGGCGCAGCAGCAAUUGCCAUCCGCUGCUCACAUUCACUAUUCGCUCGGCGGAAGGUAAGAGCCGCAUGUUACUCACUUUGCAUGCGACUCGACCACCGCUUGGUCUGGAAGUCGAAGGCAGCAACAUCCGACUACGGCUUCAACCCGGCGCUAGCCGUAGAAGGCAGGAACGACAUACCGAGAGGCACCAAGCAUUCCAAGCGACAGAUGCACCGAACGAGGCAGCUUGAUCUCGCCUUGCGCUUGCUUGAACAUCGCAUGUGUCUUCACACACA